CACGUAGGCUUGGGACACAAUUGGACAUUGACCCUUUGUUUCCACAACCAUUCUCUUAUCUUCUACUUGUCUUUCCUUCUGUUCUGUGUGUUGCAGAGGAAGAGCAAAGAAAACAUGGCCUUACAAAUGCAGUCACCCACAACAACAACCACCCUUCACAACACCCUCACUGUAAAUACUGGGCUGCGACGACCCUUCAACCCUCUUGCUCUCAAGUCACCAUUUUUCUCUGGUUCACUCAACCUGUAUCUUCAUCCUAAUCACCAACAACUUCUAACUUCAGUAGCACCCAGGAUUUCCAUGCGUGUGGCUUCCAAGCAAUCCUAUAUCUGUCGUGAUUGCGGAUAUAUUUACAGUGAUAGAAUUCCCUUUGAGAAGUUGCCUGAUAACUACUUCUGCCGUGUUUGUGGUGCUCCAAAACGAAGAUUUAAGCCCUAUGCACCACCUGUGACCAAAAAUGCAAAUGAUAUAGAUGUUAGAAAGGCACGAAAAGCAGAACUUCAGAGAGAUCAAGCAAUUGGGAGGGCACUUCCUAUUGCAGUUGCUGUGGGAAUUGCAGCGCUUGCUGGCUUGUAUUUCUAUCUGAACAGCGUAUACUAGGCUCAAUGUUAAGUUGCUGGUCCCUUUGAAGGCUGAAACAUGGAAUUUAUUUUCUCUGUUAUCCUUUUCAUUUUGUUCUCUCUAUUUAGGAGUCAUGAUGGCCAUACAAUAAAUGGUACAAUUAAUUUGAGAGAGAAGACUGCUCAUGUUUAGCAAUGUAAUUAUAGCUGGAAGAAUUUUCCUUUUUGUUGUAUAAUGGAUGUAGUACAUUUCUUGUGGCUUUGUUAUAGUGGGGAGAAUUAUUUUCUUUGUUGCCAUUAAGAAGCAUUAUAAAUUUUCAACAAUGUUCAAAUGAAAGGUAGCAAAAAGUUCCAACAGAA